CCAAGUCGGUGUGUGUCAUGUGACGCGGCGCAAGAUGGCCGCCGCCUGGUCCUGAGGGAAGAGAGGGAGUGGAGGAGGCUGCUGCUUCUCCGUCUUCUUCUUCUUCGGCGCCAUGAACCCCGAGAAGGACUUCUCCCCGCUGACGCCCAGCAUCGUCCGCGCCCUCAACGACAAGCUCUACGAGAAGCGGAAGGUGGCGGCGCUGGAGAUCGAGAAGUUGGUGCGGGAGUUUGUGGCCCAGAACAGCACGGCCCAGAUCAAGCACGUGAUCCUGAUCCUCUCCCAGGAGUUUGCCCUCUCGCAGCACCCACACAGCCGCAAGGGGGGCCUCAUUGGCUUGGCCGCCUGCUCUAUCGCUCUUGGAAAGGACUCUGGGCUGUACCUGAAGGAACUGAUUGAGCCUGUGCUGACUUGCUUCAAUGACGCCGACAGCCGCCUGCGCUAUUAUGCCUGCGAGGCGCUCUACAACAUUGUGAAAGUGGCCAGGGGCUCUGUCCUCCCCCACUUCAACGUGCUCUUCGAUGGCUUGAGUAAGCUUGCUGCAGAUCCAGACCCAAAUGUCAAAAGCGGCUCUGAACUUUUGGACCGGCUUCUAAAGGACAUUGUGACUGAGAGCAACAAGUUCGACCUGAUCAGCUUCAUCCCUCUGCUGCGGGAGAGGAUCUACUCCAAUAACCAGUAUGCCCGGCAAUUCAUCAUUUCCUGGAUCUUGGUGCUGGAGUCUGUUCCGGAUAUUAACCUUCUGGAUUACCUACCAGAGAUCCUCGAUGGCCUCUUCCAGAUCCUGGGGGACAACAGCAAGGAAAUCCGUAAAAUGUGUGAAGUGGCCCUUGGCGAGUUCCUGAAAGAGAUCAAGAAGAACCCUUCCAGCGUCAAAUUUGCUGAAAUGGCCAACAUCCUGGUCAUUCAUUGCCAGGCCUCAGAUGACUUGAUCCAGUUGACAGCUAUGUGCUGGAUGCGAGAGUUCAUCCAGCUGGCCGGGCGGGUCAUGCUGCCUUAUUCCUCGGGGAUCCUGACGGCGGUCCUUCCGUGCCUCUCCUACGACGACCGGAAGAAGAGCAUCAAAGAGGUGGCCAAUGUCUGCAACCAGAGCCUGAUGAAGCUGGUCAUUCCAGAGGACGAUGAGGUGGCGGACGAGGGCAAGCCUGGCCUUGCAUCUCUUCCGACGGACACCGACCAAGAGGAAUCGCUCUCCAAACAGGAGGGGGUCUCCGGGGGUUGCCUGGACACCUCCGGGGACUCCAACUUCAGCAGCACCAGUGUUUUCAUGCCGGCCAGCGCUGAGCGGCUCCAGGUGACCCUCAACCUGGACGGCAUUGUCCAGGUGCUGGACUGCCACCUCCAUGAUGCCGGGGCCGGGAUGAUGACGCGCAUCGCGGUCCUGAAGUGGCUCUACCACUUGUACAUCAAGACCCCACGCAAGAUGUUCCGGCACACGGACAGCCUCUUCCCCAUCUUGCUGAAGACCUUGUCCGAUGAGUCCGACGAGGUGAUCCUCAAGGACCUUGAAGUCUUGGCGGAGAUUGCCUCCUCGCCGGCCGGGCAGAGCGAAGACUCGGGGAUAGGUGAUGCCCCAAACCUGCGCUCAGGGCAACUGGAGGUGCCCCUCCCGGCUCCAGCCAAAGCGGCCUCGACGUCGGGCUCCUCUGGUGCCAAGGGCUCCAUGGAGUGCUCGCCCACCACGCCCACCAUGAACUCCUACUUCUACAAGUUCAUGAUCAACUUGCUGAAGAGGUUCAGCAGCGAGCGGAAGCUGUUGGAGACGCGGGGAGCCUUCAUCAUCAGACAGCUCUGCCUGCUCCUGAAUGCAGAGAACAUCUUCCACUCCAUGGCGGACAUCCUGCUGCGGGAGGAGGACCUCAAGUUUGCCUCCACUAUGGUCCACACGCUCAACACCAUCCUCCUCACCUCCUCUGAACUCUUCCAGCUGCGCAACCAGCUCAAGGACCUCAAGACUCCGGAAAGCCGGAACCUCUUCUGCUGCCUCUACCGCUCCUGGUGCCACAACCCCGUGACCACCGUCUCCCUCUGCUUCCUCACCCAGAACUACAAGCACGCUUACGACCUCAUCCAGAAGUUCGGUGACCUGGAGGUCACGGUGGACUUCCUAAUCGAGGUGGACAAGCUGGUCCAGCUGAUCGAGUGCCCCAUUUUUACCUACCUUCGGCUGCAGCUGCUGGACGUGAAGAGCAACCCCUUCCUCAUCCGGGCGCUCUAUGGGCUGCUGAUGCUCCUCCCGCAGAGCAGUGCCUUCCAGCUCCUCUCCCACCGGCUCCAAUGCGUCCCCAACCCGGAGCUCAUGCAAGCGGCAGCCGCAGCGGAGAGUGCAAAGACUGGUCUCGGGUUCAAGAAGGCAGCCAGCAACACCCCAAUCGACUACGCGGAGCUGCUGCAGCACUUUGAGAAGGUCCAGAACAAACACUUGCAGGUCCGGCACCAGCGAGCUGCUCGGGGGGAGAACCUGGACCGGAGGGGUGUCUUCUGAAGGCCGGCCGACCCCUUCCUCCUUGUUGAAGGGACCAACGCGAAAGGCAGCGGGACAGCCGGGGGCCAUAGUGAUGCCACUGAAAAGCCCCCCCACUUGAGAAGAUGGCUCUUCAUCCCAAGAGCUGAGCAGUGAAGGCCUAGUCCUUGCCUUAGGGUGGCCGUUAGCCUUGCUGUGGCCACCAGAGGAGAGGGAAAGGCAAGUGGGUGGGUGGAGUGUGGACACUUCAUGGGCACACCGGGCACAAGCCUCACUCCGAUCUUGUGUACGGCUGCACAGCCUUAAAAGAGUCCAGACCCAUAGCCCCCCCCCUUUCCCUCCCAAUGAUGCGUAGACAUGGACAAAUAGAGCGCUGGGAUCCGCAACACCGAGGGCUUCUUUGUACGACUGUCAACAUUUCCCUCGUUGAAAUAAACAAAUGGCCCAGAAA